GUUGUAAAUCGCGCAAUUCCAAUAUUUGAAGCUCAGUUUCCAAAUGCAAAAGCUCUUUUUGCAUUUGAUAAUGCAACUGGUCAUCAUGCGUAUUCCGAAAAUGCCCUUUUGGCAAAAAAUAUAAAUUUAUCUCCUGGUGGCAAAUAG